AUGGCAGACGAUCCACACAACACGAGCAACGUCUCCGACGAGCAAGUUGACGUUGAAACCAAAGAAGACGCCGAGACAGCCGCCGCGCGGGAAGAGUUGAAGCAGACCGUCAUCUCAGAAAGAACAGCAAAGACAGCCGACGAGGCAACAAAAGACGAGAUGGUGGCUACACGAUCUGGCGGACGAUACGGCGCCGAUGCGCCGCCCAAGCCCGACGAGGCGAGAACGAAGACGCCCGAGCGCGAGGUCUCGGAGAACCAGAAUGAUCUACUGAAGGAUCAGGUCUCUUCCCCCAAGAAGAAGCGCGCUCAUGACCAACUCGACGAGCCGAAGGACAGCGCUCAAGACAAGGCCGCCGGUGAGGGGGCUAGAUCUGAGCCAGAGAAGAAGCGCCCCAGAGAUGGCCAGCGCGGCGACGACGAGUUGAGCAAGGGCUCACAGGACGGUUCGGAGCCUUCGCCCAAAGAGCAGAAGGACAGUAUCCCGGCAGCCGAGAAGACCGCCGCGACCGACAAGAAGGAGAACACACCACCAGUCACAUCUUCAACCGCAUUCGAGAAGUCAGGUUUUGCCAAACUGUCUGCCGCAACCACAUCUCCAUUUGGAGCUUUAGGAUCUUCUACAAAGAGCGUUUUUGGUGGAGCUAGCGCCUCUCCCUCACCGUUCGGUGCGCUGGGCGCUGCAUCUGCUGCGAAACCCCCUACUCCCAGCCUGAGCUUCGGCAAUGGCGUCGCAGCCUCUCCCUUCGCAAGUCUCAACGGCCCCUCCAAGGGCUUCGGCAGUCCAUUUGGCGGUGGUAGCGCAUUCGGCAGCGCCCUGUCUGGCGGCAAGCCUCUGUCGAGCUUCGGCAAGCCUGGCGAAGUCCUUAAGAGCGACAAGCCAGCCAAGCCGUUCGGUGCCCCAGAGAGCGAUGCUGAGGAUGACAGCAACGAAGACGACGACGAGGCUGAGAAUGAGGCUGAGAACGAGAAGGAGAAAGAUGAGGGCGAUAAGGAGGACUUGAAGGCUGCAGCUGAAGAGAAGAAGAAGCUGCGGCUGCAACGAGUGGUGGUCGACGACGGCGAGGCAGGCGAAGUUACCAUUCUUGCCGUGCGAGCCAAGAUGUUCUACCUCGAUAAGAUUACCGCUAAGGACGGUAAAGAGGAACCUGCUUGGAAGGAACGCGGAGUUGGCAACUUGAAGAUCAAUGUCCCAGAGGAGUGCGUGUCUUUCGGCGAUGAUGGCGCUCCCAUUCCGGGCUCGUUCGAUGCCUCGGAGCUCGAGGAUGACGGCGACAAUGACGAGGGUGAGGGCAAGGCUAGGAAAGUUGUCCGCCUGAUCAUGCGUCAGGACUCUACCCUUCGUGUCAUUUUGAAUACAACUAUCGUUCGAGGCAUGGACUUUCAAGAAAAGAGCUCGCUAAAGUCGACAACUGUUCUCUUCACAGCUUUCGAGGGCGAGACAGGCAAACCCACGCAAAUACAGAUGAAGAUGAACGCCGCCAACGCCAAAGUCUUCCUGAACGAGGUAGAGUUUAUCAAGCGAGAGCUCGAAUCAUGA